UUGCCCCGGCACGCGGGCGGGGCGUCAGGCCUCCAGAGUCGCAGAGGCGUCCAGUCUGGCGCGCGGUCCACGGCGGGUCCUCCCGGCACGCUGGGGGUCCCGGAGCGGCGGGGCACGGCCGGACGGCAGGGACGCGCUCAAGAUCCAGCAGCUGCAGCAGCAGAUCCGCCUGGAGCGCGAGGCCCGCGUGCGCUCCUCGCCUCCCGCGUCCCCGGAGCCCCCGGAGCCGCGCUCGGAGCCCAUGAGCGCGCUCGCCGCCCGCCCCGCGCCCGCCAUGCAGGCCUCCGGCUCCUUCAGCUACGCGCGCCCCAAGCAGUUCAUCGCCGCGCAGAGCCUGAGCCCCGGCGCGCCCCGGCCCCCGACGCCCGCGUCCCCGACGCCCCCCGAGCCCGAGGCCCCGUGGAGCGCGCUCCCGCCGCCGCCCCCGCCGCUCAGCCAGCCGGCGGCCGCCCCCGGGCCCGACGCCUUCCCGCCGCCACCGCCGCCGCCUCCGCCGCCCGGCCCGGGCCCCGUCACCCGCGCUGCGCGCCCCGGCCCCGUGCCCGCCGCGCUGCUCCGCGCUCUGCUGCCCUCGCCGCCGCCCGCCGCCGCCGGCGUCUCCACCAGCGUCUCUGCGCUCGGCCUGCCCCGCGCCGCCCCUGCCACGGGAUUUCCCAAGAAGGCCAGCAGAACUGCCCGCAUCGCCUCGGACGAGGAGAUCCAGGGCUCGAAGGAUGCCGUCAUCCAGGACCUGGAGCGGAAGUUGCGCUUCAAGGAGGACCUGCUGAACAACGGGCAGCCGAGGUUGACGUACGAGGAAAGGAUGGCUCGGCGGCUGCUGGGUGCCGACAGCGCGACCGUCUUCAACGUCCAGGAGCCUGAAGAGGAGGCGGCCAGCCAGGACCCUGGGUCUCCUCAUGCUUCUGUAGGGAGUCCUCUGGAUGGUCAAAAGGAGUACAAAGUCUCCAGCUGUGAGCAGAGGCUCAUCAGUGAAAUCGAGUACAGGCUGGAAAGGUCCCCUGUGGAGGAGUCAGGGGAAGAGGCUCCCUGUGGGGACGCGUCUGUGGAGAGUGGAGCGGCCCCAUUCUUCGAGACGAAGCUGAAGCAUUUCAAGAUCUUUGAGGGGAUGCCCGUGACCUUCACAUGCAGAGUGACCGGGAAUCCAAAGCCGAAGACCUACUGGUUUAAAGAUGGGAAGCAGAUCUCUCCCAAGAACGAUCACUACAGCAUCCGGAGUGACCCUGAUGGCACCUGCUCUCUGCAUACCACGGCCUCCACCCUGGACGAUGACGGGAAUUACACGAUCAUGGCUUCGAGCCCUCAGGGCCGCGUCAGCUGCACGGGACGGCUGAUGGUGCAGGCCGUGAACCAGAGAGGCCGCAGCCCCCGCUCGCCCGCCGGCCAGCCUCACGGCAGAAGGUCUCGUUCGAGAUCCAGGGACAGUGCCGACGAAGGUGAACCGAUUCAGGAGCGAUUCUUCCGACCGCACUUCCUGCAGGCUCCCGGGGACCUGACGGUCCAGGAGGGCAGGCUCUGCAGGAUGGACUGUAAGGUCAGUGGGCUGCCAACCCCCGAUCUCAGCUGGCUGCUGGACGGCAAGCCCAUCCGCCAGGACAGCACCCACAAGAUGCUGGUGCGAGAGAACGGGGUGCACUCUCUGAUCAUCGAGCCCGUCACGGCCCGGGACGCCGGUGUCUACACGUGCAUGGCCACCAACCGGGCUGGCCACAACUCCUUCAGCCUGGAACUCGUGGUCGCAGCUAAGGAAGCGCACAAGCCCCCCGUGUUCCUCGAGAAGCUGCAGAACACGGGGGUGGCGGACGGGUACCCGGUUCGGCUGGAAUGCCGGGUGUCCGGGGUGCCGCCGCCACAGAUAUUUUGGAAGAAGGAAAACGAGUCGCUCACUCACAGCACGGACCGCAUGAGCCUGCACCAGGACAGCUACGGCUACGUGUGUCUACUCAUCCAGGGAGCCACCAAGGACGAUGCUGGCUGGUACACGGUGUCGGCCAAGAACGAGGCCGGGAUCGUGUCCUGCACGGCCCGGCUGGACGUCUACACCCAGUGGCAGCAGCCCCCGCCAAGCACCAAGCCGAAGCGGGUGCGGCCCUCGGCCAGCCGCUACGCCGCGCUCUCGGACCAGGGACUCGACAUCAGGGCUGCGUUCCAGCCCGAGGCCAGCCCGUCCCACCUGAUGCUGAGCCCCGGCCUGGUGGAGAGCGAGGACCUGUGAGCCGGCGCUCUCCGCAGAGCCCAGACACUGAAACCACUGCUGCCUUGACCCACACCUCCUCUGUCACGGGACGUAAAAGGCAGAAACAUACCUUUGGCUCUGAGAAACAAAAGGACACCAAAAUCCUACUUUUCUUCCUGGUAAACCAGACGUAGAGGCUGCGUACGCGAUGCUGAUAGGAAUGCACACCUUGCACGGAGAAUUCACAUUCAUCAGCCAAUUUAAAACCUUGGGAAGUGCUGCACUUCAGGGGGUCUGAAAUGCCAAAGUGCUAACGGAAAAAAGGUGACCACGACCUGUGUUGUCCCGAGUGUCUUCACUAGUGUAGGUGCUGCCACCCAGCAUGAGGUCGGGGGGCUCCCCGGAGGUGGCUGCACCACGGUGGACACCGCCUGGGCUCUGCGGGGCAGUGUGCUCACGCAGCCAGGGACCCACGUGGGGCAUGGGACAAGGAGGGCGCCACCAGGAAGCCCAAGGAAACGCCUGUCUGCGAAUGGCUUUCCACUAAACCGUGCGGAAGGAGCCACCUGCCUUCAGUUCUGUUAACAUCAAGAGUUUUCUAACUAGGUCAAGACCUUCGUUCUUAACCUUUUUUUCUUUACGUGUAGUAUUUUCUUUUCUUGUUACCUUGGUAGGGCGCUUACUUACAAACCAUAUUAAAAGAAUGCGACGUACUCUGAAUAAAGAAGAAGCAUAUUGCAGUCCAUUCCACGAAGGGCAUCCCAGCCACCCAAGUGACCAAGGUGUGUAGUAUCUGGAGGAGACGGGUCUGGAAGGGGCGGAGAGGAGAGGGAAAGGAAGCACGACCAGACAGACUGUGCUCACUUAGAUGAAAGCAGCAGAGCACGAGACGGUAAAGGCCAGGCUUUUCUUUGGUUUUCUUCAAACUUAACCUAAAAUAGAAGCGACAAAACACCGCCAUUCGCAAGUCAGGAACUCGAGGGUCAGCCUGAGGGAAGCUCGUGCUCGGGACACUGCAGUGUCGGAGCUGGCGCCGCAGCGGGAGAUUGAGGUGCGCACUGCAAGUUGAAUAUGGGCUGAGCUGCGAGAUUGUCAUGGAUCAGAGACAGCCUGUGGGCGCUAGUCUACUUGGGGAGACAAAGACGGGGGUGCCAGCAUGCAUUUUCUCCAUGGCACUGCCCUACGGUGGGUGGAAACUAUUCACUUCCCUGCUGCCACGAGACCUUUUGCCUUAAGAAGGUGCUGGGUUCCAAGUAGUUUGUAAAGGCAUCUCGGCAAAGACUGCAUUCUGAGUGCCUGUGAGUCUGCGUCAGCUAGAUGGAGUGGGUUCUGACCAGACUUGACGGUUUUAAGUCAGAACCAGUAAACUUUAAAAAGGAGAAAAAAAGCAAAUCUGGGCUGAUACUAUAAAACCUGAGUCUUUAAUGGUACUUUCCUAUGAAGAGAACACACUGUAUUCCUUAUGCAAAACACAUUUAUCUUUCGUUAUUUAUAAUACAAAUGUUGAACUCUCUUAGCUCAGUUACUCCAUUCAAUACGUAGUAUUUUUUAAGUACUUCUGUAUCUGUGUGCCACCGUGUAUAUCCCAUUGCACUGCUUCACAUGGACAGCUUUCUACUUCCUUGUAAGAGCACCAACCAAGCGAGCUUUAAAUGCCAGGCUGGAGCUCCGGUGCCCACGUUCGGUGCAGAGUGGCACACGUGUCUCUGACCACACCUACGUGCAUUGCUGAUGUCGGAUUUCAGACACCGUGCGAAGUCUCUCCUGGACCUUUCUGUACUGUAGAAUUAUGACUUAACAUCAUCUCUUACUUGCCAAAUUUUUCUGAAUGUGACUUCUUGCUGAUUUGCUGGGUUUGGGAUUAAGUAGCAUUAUUUUGCCACCUUUCAUGUAUUUAUAAAGAAAUAAGUACGAUCUUACCACUCUGGAUUGUUGUGCUGGUGUAAUGUGGAUUUAACAUCAAUAAAUAUUUAACAAAUAAUAGUUGCAAUUUUGUGAAGCAAAUAUUCAGUCGUUUUCAUUUUCUAUUGCUUGCUGUAAUAAACUGGUACAGACUAGAA